GCAUCACUGAUCGUACUUCUUUCCGGAUUUAGGCGAGUAGUGUGUCGGUUCUGUUUUGUAGGGGCUCGUGUUCCACUAACACUAAAAAUGACGUCCAAAGUAUCGCGUGAUACUCUGUACGAAUGCGUGAAUACCGUUAUUACUACUUCGCAAGAGAAAAAGAGGAAAUUUUUGGAAACAGUGGAACUCCAAAUUGGUUUGAAGAAUUAUGAUCCACAAAAGGACAAACGUUUCUCAGGCACCGUCAAGCUAAAGAAUAUCCCAAGACCAAAAAUGCAAGUUUGUGUUCUGGGUGAUCAGCAACAUUGUGAUGAAGCUAAAGCUAAUAAUAUCCCGUAUAUGGAUGCUGAAGCAUUAAAGAAAUUGAACAAGAACAAGAAGCUUGUAAAGAAACUAGCUAAAAAAUACGACGCAUUUUUGGCUAGUGAGUCCUUAAUUAAGCAAAUCCCUCGUAUCCUUGGUCCUGGUCUCAACAAGGCUGGUAAAUUCCCUGGUCUACUUUCUCAUCAAGAAUCAAUGGUAGGAAAGAUUGAUGAAGUUAAAGCCACAAUCAAGUUCCAAAUGAAGAAGGUAUUGUGUCUAUCAGUUGCUGUAGGACACGUGGGAAUGACUCCCGAUGAACUGGUGCAAAAUGUGCAUCUUUCAAUUAAUUUUCUGGUUUCUUUGCUGAAGAAACAUUGGCAAAACGUACGUUCCCUUCAUAUUAAAUCUUCCAUGGGACCUCCUCAAAGGCUGUACUAAAUUUGAAUUGUAUCCAAGUUUUUGGAUGUAUAUUAAAAGAAUAAAAUGGAAAAAAA